CGAAGAGGUUAGAAUGAGGACUUAUUUCUCCGUUUGAAAAAUUCGCGACCAUUUGUGCGCAUUCCGUUCGAUUGACAAAAUAGUGAAUAAUUCGCGAUCGGUUUGUGUCUCACAUUCAUACAAUUUACUAACUGAUGUCUCAGCCUUCUAACUGACCGUCUCUUUUGUAAAUGAUCAUCUUUCUAUUCGAUAAGAAGGCGACGACCGUUCGCGGAAUGCGGUGUUGGCAGUGAAAAGUAAAAAUUAUUGUCGGGGAUCUCCCGGUUGCCGAUGGACCUGAGACCCGAGAGUCAGUGGUUACUUUAACAAUCGAAGAAACAUCCGAAAAAAUCGCGAGUGGGUAGAAGUUGCGACGAAGGAGACUCUCCUAAUAAAGUUGAAACAUGACGCGAGGGAGGCAUAAGAAAACUUUAGUGUUCAUCGCAAUUUGUCUGGUCUCAGUAUUUGCGGAACCCGACCCCACGGAAGAACUUUACAUUCGAUUUUUAAAGAAUCAGGACGAGGACAAGUGUUAUGAUGACAAUGGGAGGCCCCAGAGGUGCAUACCCCCUUUCGAGAACGCAGCGUUUCAUGUGCACAUGGAAGCUACGAACACGUGCGGUCAGGAUCGGCCGACAGAAUUUUGUAAACAGACUGGUGUCCAGAAGAAGUCCUGUGAGAUAUGUCGAUACGGGGACCAUCCGGCCUCGUUCCUUACCGAUUACGAUAAUAACGAUAACGCAACUUGGUGGCAAUCGGAAACGAUGUUCGAGGGGAUCGAAACUAAUCAAGUUAAUCUCACAUUAUCCUUAGGAAAAACGUUCGAUAUAACUUACGUUAGAGUGCUGUUCGAGUCGCCACGGCCAGAAAGUUGGGCUAUUUAUAAACGAAAGAACGAGAAAUCAUCAUGGGAACCUUAUCAAUUCUAUUCGGCGACCUGUAGAGAUACGUAUGACUUGCCAGAUAUCAAGGAAACGGUACAAGGCGACGAUACCAGAGUAUUAUGUACUUCCGAUUUUUCCGAUAUAUCACCGUUGACAAAGGGUACGGUCGCGUUUUCCACGCUAGAAGGCCGUCCGUCGGCCUACAAAUUCGAAUCGAAUCCAGCCCUGCAGGAAUGGGUACAAGCGAUUGACUUGAGGAUCACCCUAGAUCGUUUGAACACGUUCGGCGACGAAGUGUUCGGCGAUGAUCAUGUAUUAAAAUCCUACUACUAUGCGAUCGCUGACGUCGCGGUCGGCGCACGUUGUGCCUGCAACGGGCACGCUGGAGAAUGUGUAAACAGUACCAGCGUAGAUGGAAAAACUCGCAGAGUAUGUAGAUGCGAGCAUAACACGGCAGGUCCAGACUGCAACGAAUGUCUACCUUUUUAUAACGAUGCACCUUGGGGACGUGCUACCACUACUGAUGCGCACGAAUGUAAACCUUGUAAUUGCAAUGGAUAUUCGGAGAGAUGCUAUUUCGAUAAGGAACUAUAUAAAGCCACCGGCCACGGAGGCCACUGUCUGGAUUGUCAAGAUAAUCGCGAUGGCGCGAAUUGCGAACGCUGUCGAGAGAAUUUCUACCAGCGUCCGGAGGACAAGUACUGCAUCGCCUGUAACUGCAAUGAAAUCGGUUCCAGGAGCUUGCAAUGUAACAGCGAAGGAAAAUGUCAAUGCAAACCCGGUGUGACGGGCGAUAAGUGCGACCUUUGCGCGGCUAAUUAUUUCAACUUCGGUUCGUACGGCUGCACUUCCUGCGAAUGCAACGUAGCUGGAUCUCUGGCUAAUAAACCAAAUUGUGAUGCCGUCAGCGGUGUUUGUACUUGUAAAGAAAAUGUGGAAGGAAAACGGUGUCGCGUAUGUAAACCAGGAUUUUUCAAUCUCGCACUGAAUAAUAAAUUCGGCUGCACACCGUGCUUCUGCUACGGACACUCCUCAGUCUGCAGACCAGCGACUGGCUACUCAAAAGUUGUGAUCGAGAGCAUGUUCGUAAGAGCAGCCGAACGAUGGUCAGCUACCGUUGCCGGCAACCCGAUUCCGCUUCAGUACGACCCUCUUACCCAAAGUAUAUCCGUCACGGCGUUGGAUCGCGACAAUGUCUAUUUCGUUGCACCCGAGCGGUUCCUUGGCGAUCAACGGUCGUCUUAUAAUCAGGACCUGUCAUUUACACUUAGAAUCGGGGAAGCUGGUCCUGCGCCCACUGUACGUGAUAUAAUACUCGAGGGUGGAAAUGGCGAGCAAAUUACGCAACCGAUUUUUGGGCAGAAUAAUCAUUUACCUUCGGGGACGCCGCACAAAUAUCGUUUCAAGCUUCAUGAACAUCCUAGCUACGGCUGGGAGCCACGACUCUCCUCCAGAGCUUUCAUGUCUAUCUUGUCGAACUUAACAGCUAUUAAAAUUCGUGGUACCUAUACGCAUCAAGGUCGGGGAUUCUUAGACGACGUUAGAUUGGAAACGGCUCACCGUGGGGCCGCGGGUGAGAUUGCCGAUUGGGUGGAGCAUUGCCAGUGUCCUCAUGGGUACGUUGGCCAAUUUUGUGAAUCGUGUGCUCCUGGAUUCCAUCACGAUCCGCCGAACGGCGGGCCAUUCUCCUAUUGCGUUCCGUGUAACUGUAACGGUCACGCUGAUAUUUGCGAAGCCGAGACAGGACAAUGUAUUUGCGAACACAACACGGCUGGUAGCAAUUGUGAAUUGUGUAGACGUGGGUAUUAUGGUCAUCCAUUGAAGGGUACGCCAGACGAUUGUAAGCCGUGUCCCUGCCCUGAUAAUGGACCUUGCAUAUUACUUGGUAAUAAUCCAGAUCCGAUAUGCUCUGAGUGUCCAUCGGGUAGAACAGGGGCCAGGUGCGAGACAUGUUCAGAUGGAUAUUUCGGAAAUCCUGAAAGAGGUAUAGCUUGCAGACCUUGUGAUUGUAACAACAAUAUUGAUUUGAACGCAGUCCGGAAUUGUAAUCACGAGACUGGUGAAUGUUUGAAGUGCGUGAACAAUACUGCUGGUUUCCACUGCGAAGAAUGCCUCCCAGGCUAUUAUGGAGAUGCUUUGUCCGAUCUUAAAGAAGACGGCUGCAAACUGUGCCAGUGUUUCCACGCGGGCACGGUCGAACUCGAGGAUGGCAGAGUGGCGCCUUGCGAACAAUUAACGGGACACUGUUCGUGUAAGCCCCACGUAGUCGGUCGCAAUUGUGACAAAUGCGAGGAAGGAUAUUAUCAUAUAUUGAGUGGAGAGGGAUGCGCGCCUUGUAACUGUGACCUGGAAGGAUCUUACAAUCGUACUUGCAAUCCUGUCACUGGUCAGUGUGAAUGUAGACCUGGCAUUACCGGUCUACAUUGCGAUGCAUGCGUUCCUUACCAGUACGGAUUCAGCCGAGAUGGUUGCAAGCCCUGCGAUUGCGACUAUAUUGGUUCCCAAGAUCUGCAAUGUGAUGCUAAUGGACAGUGUCCAUGUCUCCCAAAUGUGGAAGGUAGACGUUGCGAUCGUUGCAAAGAGAACAAACACAACAGGCAAAACGGAUGCGUCGAUUGUCCGGAUUGUUACAAUCUCGUCCAAGAUGCCGCUAACAGGCAUAGAGGACGUUUGACUGAAUUAGAAAACACGCUUAAGAAGAUUAAUAGCAGCCCCACUGUCAUAAAAGAUGCGGACUUUGAGAAGGAACUGAAAAACGUACAGGACAGAGUGAAGAAUCUCCAGGAAAUCGCGAAACAAGGAUCUGGCAGUGAGAACAAAACCUUGGUGGAACAACUUGAUGAAUUGCGCGACCAGUUGAACGAAAUUGGUGACAUUUCGCAAACCGUGAACCUGACAGCUUUGGACGCGUACAAAACAACUUCCGAAGGGCAGAUAAACAUCGACGAAGCGGAAAAGGUGCUCGAUAAAAUACACGCUCAAUUGACCGACGCCGAGGAUUAUUUAGCCACGGCUGGAUCAACUGCUCUGUCCGAAGCGAAAAUGCGGGCGGAACAAGUUGGUCAACAGAACAAACAGAUGACUACGAUCGCUCAAGAAGCGCGUGUAUUAGCGGAGUUGAAUGUGAACGAAGCGAAGAAGAUUCACGAUCUGGCAGAAAAAGCGCGAAACACAACGAUAGAAGCUUAUACUCUAGCGAAGAAAGCUAUAGCGAAAUGCUCAAACGUGACCGACGAUAUCAGAGGAUUGGAAAAUAAAUUGGAGUUGCUGGAACAUCGUAUGAACGAGGUAAAAAAUCUCACCAGCAUAGCGGCCACUAAAUCAUCGGCUGUUUCGCAAGAGGCGAUAGACCUGUUGAUUCUCGACUUAACGCUGCCGGCGGUGGACAUCGACCAGUUACAAAAACAAGUUGACGACGUGAACAAUGAAGGAUUACGGUUGAAAGAACAGGCGCAAUUAUUGCUGGACGAAAGCGAGGAUCUUAUAAAUGAGAUGGUAGAAAAGGUCAAGAGGAGCGAAGAGUUGAUAGAGCGAGCAAAAGAACAACAGGCAGCCACUGCCGAACUUAUCGCCGAAUUAGAUCGCGCGAAAGAGAUAGCGGAUGACGCUGUUAAACGAGGCGAUCAAACGUUAAAAGAGGCACAAGAGACACUGAAGAAGUUAGGUGAAUUUCACGCCGAGGUAGAACGUGAACGUGUUAAAGCCCAGGAUGCUUUGAAAGACAUAAGAGACAUCGAAGCGUUAAUCGCGAGUGCAGAAGAACAAACUCUGCGAGCAGGAGAAAUAUUACUCGAUUCCGAGGAUAAUGCCGAAUACGCUCGUAAAAGAGCGCAGGAUGCUCAGACUUACGCGGAAGAGGCUAGCGCGAAAGCAAACGCGAUUAGAACCGAGGCGAAUAAAACUAAAAUAGAAGCGCUUCGUGUAGGAAACGAAGCGGAGAAAUUAAGUCUACGAGUCGACAAUACGGAAUCGAUGAUGCAACAAUAUGAAAUUCAAAGUGGUCACGAUACAAAUAUUACGACAGAAGCGAAUCAUAAAGUCGGACAAGCUAAGAUCAAUGUAACGUUGGCAUCGCAGCAAGUCGAUAAAGCAUUAUCCGAAGUAGCUGAGAUAAUAAAAGAACUUGAAAACCUGUCCGAAAUAGAUGAUACCGAUUUGAAUCGACUGGAAGAACGUUUAACUGCCGCUGAGAACGAGAUCGCAGCUGCUAAUCUGGAUCAAAGGAUUCGUGCAUUAACGGACGCCAAGAACUUGCAGACACAGUGGGUAAACAAUUAUAAGGACGAGGUCAGUAGAUUGAAAAUGGAAGUUGAGAACAUCGACGAUAUAAGAAGAGUGUUGCCUGUCGAUUGUCACAAUCGUGUACGACUCGAGCCUUAAAGUAUGAUAGGAUACAUACGUAAAAAGUGCGGUUGGUCCAGUUUUCAUAUCAUUAGUGGUGCCUUACAUGCACUAGAGAAAGAAACACGGAAUUCUUUAGAGAUUUAAAAAAGAAACACAUACGUUCACAAAUGUUCAUCAUGAAAGAUCGUAUGUUCUUUUAAAACAAUUAUAUCGUGUGCCAUCGAGAAGACAAUUUCGAUCAUAAAAUUACGAUGAAAUGAAGUAGAAUAUAACUACAUUAGGCAAUCGUCGAAUGAACGUAAUGAUAUUAAUCACGUAUUUACAUUUAAAUCGUCCAAAACGUGAUCUUCCAUUAUUCUUCAAGUAUAACACUACGUACGAGCGACUGCAACAACGAUUAUAUACCAAAGAUUUUAUGUAGACAGAUACUUCCUUUUUACUACCACUAUUGAAGCAUUUGCAUAAUGCAAUUUGACUUAACAUUCUUAUUAACGCAAUUAAUUUGUACUUAUAUGUAUGUACAAACAUGUAUAUAUAUUAUCUAUAUACAUACAUCCGUUUUAUUGUAAUUUUCAUACUUCCUUUUAAAUUUUAAAGAAGUUUCAAAAGUUCCUCCAAACGAGAAACAAUUUUUUACAUGAAAUCUUAUGAAACGUUUUAACAACAAGGAAACAUUUCUGAAAAUGGAAAGGAGAACAAAAAUCUAAAUAUAUAUUUUUACAAUAUGUAUUACACAAUGACAUAUAUGUAUAACGUUGCAUUUUUAUAGAAUAAAAAAAUGAACAAUCUUCGAAUAUGUAAGCAAUGUAUUAGUAUGUAUACACAGUAAAGAGAGUAUAAAAAAUUAAUAAAAAUAGAAUAAAAUGGAAUUUCGGUACAAAAACA